AACCAGAGUACGAAAUCUCCAACGCUCCAGGUCCCUUGAAAUCCGGAGGUGGAAGAAGGUUCUCGGUAAGCAAAGGAGAUCUGUUAACCAACUCUAAUCAUUGUUACAAUAUAAAUCCCCUCGCUCUCCUCUCCUUAAACCCAUCCUUCACUUCUCUGCCUCUCAAACCCUAAAUAGUAAAUACCAUCUUCCUCACACACACAACUAAACCCUAAACCUUCCCUCUGACUCUCUUUCCCUAUAAUGGCUCACUCCACCGGCCUUGUUCUUGUUCUAAUGGCUGCUCUUUUGGUGGCCUCAACAGGGGCACAAUCCCCAGCAUCGUCACCGUCUAAGUCCCCUGCGGAUUCUCCUUUGAGGAGUCCACCAUCGGCUCUUCCUUCUCCAUCAUCAGCUGUUCCUUCUCCAUCAAGCAAUCCACGUAAGGCUGCACCCUCUCCAUCUCCAUUGACCACUCCACCUGCUGCCACUCCUUCUCCAUCGAGCACCCUACCAACAACCGCUCCCUCUCCAUUUAGCACUUCACCAGCGGAUGCUCCCUCUACUGCCCCUGCCGCUGACUCUCCACCUUCUCCUCCCUCAUCUUCCCCUGUGCUAUCUCCGGAGAUUUCUCCCUCUUCAAUAUCUGGAGAUGCUCCUGCACCCUCCCCUAACGGUGCCGUUUUGAAUAAGUUCACCUUCUCUGGAUUUCUGGCCGUUGGGGUUUGGGCUGCUUCUGUCUUGGUUAUGUAGAGGACAGUCAGACUAUGAUUAACAAUACAAUGGUUAUGUAGAGGAUAUGUAACAUGUACUCACAAAGAGCACUACUUGACUCCUUAACGGAUCAUUCCUUCCUCCCUGCAAAUUUAACUCCAACAUAUAUUAUAACAUUUCAAAUUUGUUUGGAAUUGCAGCCCAUUGAUUCUAGAAAACACUAUUUGUCCCUGUAUAAAGAUUCAUUUUCCUUGUAUGAUUCCAAUUUCAAUUGGUA